UUGCGAGAGAGAAAAAGGCAGAGCGGAGAAAAAAGAAACCCGGUGUGAGAGUAACGGGGAAAAAAGAAACAUUCUGAGAGAGAUCGAAAGGCAGAGAGCAGCAGGAAAUUUUUAGAGAGAGAGACAGAGGGAGAGCUUGAUUGACGACAACGACAAUGGAAAAGCAGAACGGCAGCGGGCGUGGGGCUGACGAGGGAAAUCCUUGCGAAGGCGGUUCGACUCAAGAAGAUAGCUAUGGCGCCGAGCCGAUGGAUAUCGAUGAAGAGUGGGAGUGGAGCUAUGACAGUGGUGACGACAACGAUUUUGCACGGGAAAGCGAGUUCGAGCGGGAAAAGGAUGUCGUGCACGUGGCAACCUCUUGCGCGGGACACGUGGCGUUGCAGGAAGAAGAUCCCGACGAAACCACCCGACCAGACUGCGCUAUUACGACCGAUGAACAGAAUGCAGCAAAGUCACUGCCGGCAACGAAUGGCAUUGAUGAGAUUGAUGAGCUCAUCAAGGGUGCAAAGAGGAAGAUCACGCGGAUCGUAUGGGACCGGAGCAAUGGAAUUCGUGAUGACAAUUCUGCUGGAGACGGACACAGAGAGAGGUCGUCGGCGUAUUCGAAGAAGAACAAGAAACGGCGAAGGAAGCCUCAGAAGUUCAACAUUGACAAAUUCGUGAAGGACACAUGCUGGCGACUUCAAGAAAAGAAGUUUUUCCUUGUAUGGAGGCUUGUCGAUCUCAUUGGUGUUCGCGGUGUCCAGGAGCUUAUAAAAGAGGUUGAGGCCAUUGAAGCUGCUGGAGGGCAAAUGACUGCGGCUGGAGAUCGACGACGUACACCAGGAGGAGUGAUGUGGAACGUGCUGAAAGGGAGGAUGGAUCCAGCUGAAUAUAAAGAGUUGAUGGCUCCUGAGGUUGAAGCAAAGAAAGAGUUGAAGAAAAAGCAGAGCCGCUGUAAGAGGACAAGAAUGGCGGUUGACAGGCGAGGCACGGAUGAUCCGAUCGAUGCCACGCAUGGCGAGAAAGGCGUAGAGGAGGAGAAUGGAGAGCGGCGUUCGGAAUCUGUGUGGAAGCGUAUCUCCGAGCCGAAUGGAAUGUCGCCGGAGGAGGUCAGGCGAGAAACGCACUCCUCCUCGCGGUGGUCAGCAAGUCGGGUUGAUCCUAUCAGAGCAGGCCAAAAGGGUGAGAGGGAUCAGGAUCUGCCAGAGCGAUGGGAGUGUGUGCGGGGGGAUUCGACAAGAACGAAGGUGCGCAAAGAAGUUUUGCAAGACAGGCAAGCAUAUUCAGAGGGGGACGAGACCGAGGAGAUGCAGCAUGUGGAAAGUCCCGGCCUUGUCGAUGCUGGCCCUGCAGAGUACGAGGGUCCGCCGCAUGAUCCAACAACACCCAUGCCUGCCGCGCGGGAGGUUCAUGAUGCCGUCAGGGCGGCAAGUGACCAAGGCUUAUCUGGAGGAGAUGAGGACGGAGAGUUCAGAGAAGAAGAGGAGGGGGAGUUCUGCGAUGAGGCACCUCCUGAACCAUCCGAGACUCUUGUCCCUAUCAACGCGGUGCUAGAACGAUCUAUUGCAGACAAGAUCUCGGCCGAUUUGAGACCGAAAGAGGAUUGGCAGAUCGCUUGGGCAGAAGCUGUGAGGCAACCUGCAACAAUAUCCGAGGACGGAAAGGUAUCCCAAUCUGUGCAAUAAAACCCAUUCGCUCGUCGAGGUUCUUACGACCUCCAAGAGUGGGUGGAUGGGUGAGUGGGUGGAUGGGUGGAUGGGUGAGUGGGUGGGUGGGUGGAUGGGUGAGUGGGUGGGUGGAUGGGUGAGUGAGUGAGUUUCCAGGUGAUUAGGGCUUUCCUUCCAGAAGGUUUGUAGGGAGUGAGUGUGGGUGAAAUUUUUCAAGUGUUUACGGCCCCUUCUGCAAGCUUCACCACCAUGGCUUCGUUCCACAAGAUGAUUAGGUAAGGCUUCCUUCGGGAGUAGCGAGUAGUGAGUGUGAGUGACGUUUCAUAUGUUUAUGACCUUCAGGCGUUUACGAUCUUCCGGAACCUUAACAAGGAAGGGGGGAUGAAUUCCAGGUUCAUGUUUCUGCUUGAGCUCCUUCUGUGAGUACUGCAACUACGGCAGAGGAUAUCAUUCUGAGGUCUGUGGGACGUUGCGGCGAACACAUAAUCGCUAUACAGCAGGUACCCCUGUCGGUUGUUCGACAGCGAGGGCCACAGAGGAUGACAUGGAAGUUACCUUCUUCAGCUGAACGUAUGAAAAGAAAGUGCACAGUUUCUGUCGGCGAAGAUGUUGUCCAGGAUUGUCACCCCAUGCUUGUGUGCAUCUACAGGAUUGGCGCAAUUUUGGUUGUUACGGCGUUUGUUCUGCGGUUGGCCUGGUGCGGAUGGAUGCGAGCUGGACGGCAGCUUUUUCUUCGCGGCGGUAGGCUCUUUCUGAUGUUCAUUGAACUCUUUGGUUGUUUGGUAAAUCCAUCUUUCGACGUACGUGUGUCAGUGUUAUGUUCACAUCCUGAUAAUCCCUGAGGCUUCCCGGGCGUUAGGGUCUGCAAGACACUGCGAGACAAAGACUGGAAAUCUGGACCUUCACAAACACAGAAUCUAUUGUGCUCUGCGCUUUUCUUUUUUCUCUUCUCCAUUUCCCUUUUUUCCUUUCAAGUAAUUAGUCUGCAUGUUAGCCUUGUCGAACUGGCCUGCCGCCACUUUUUUUGCUACUGGCCCAGGCCUGAAUCGAAAAGCGCUUACCUCGUAUACCCACCCGUAAGAGCAACAUCAAUUCUCUCUGCUUCGGAUGAAUUGGCGGCUUAAUGUCUCUGCCUCCCCGGCAACGUCAAUUCUCUCUCUCUCUCUUUUUGAUGCCACACCCGCGGGAAGGAGUCUGCGGCGUAGGUAGGGGGGGAUCGCAUGUGCAGCAGGAAAAUCGCCCACGCUCUGUAAACCACCCUCGUAAACAUCUUAUUAGCAGUUCCCGACCGAUAACAUUGCCAUAUCAGCAAUAGCUUUUUUUCUCUUUUAGGUUGAGACACCACCACACUUGCACCUGUGUCUGGCUAGAGGAACGGAUCGCAUGUUGAUCCUGAGAAUCACCCUAAGAUCUGUAAACUACCCUCGCUCUUGCUGUCUCCUCUGUGGCUUCUGUGGAGUCGAUUUCUGACCGACUGCGGAGGUAGACGAACACAACGCCUGAUGUGCCCUGAUGGCAGCGAAGCACUCCCCAGACGACAUCGCACGGGGUGAAGAAGAGUCGCGGCGGAGCGACGGGACACUCAUUAUUCUUACCAGAUAAUAACUGGAAGGAGUCUGUGGCAUACAGCUACUGUGUGCGGAAGGUCGGGCACAAUGGGAUGCGAAGGACAAAACAAAAAAAAAAAAAAAACAGCAGACCUUGAGACAUAAGAGGGUCCCGGUCGGUCUUGCAGUAAGUAGGAAGGGACGAGUCGAGUACCGAAGCGUGGUUGGAGGUCGUCUCUUGCUUCACGGGUCCCCCAAUUCCUCGUUCUAGUUGUCGAGAGCCAACGGAUAGGGUCCCACUUCGCGACAGGCCACUCCUCCCUUCCUGAUAGCUUACAGGGCUCAUCACGCAUUGUGCUGGGUGGGACACUUGUUGUUACACUUGUCGAGGACCUAUCUAUGGGCGGCAGGCGUGCCGCGUGCCGAGGUUCAGGCGAAUGAGCCACCAAUUUUGGUUUCUUGCUAUUCCGGGCAGUAUUCCCCUUCUUCUCUUCAGUUGUGUUGCUAUCUUUUUUUCCAUGUUGCUAUUCUUUCCUUACAUGGGUUCCAGUGACAGUUGUUCGAUAGAUAACCUGCUCUUCUUGCUGGAGCGUGUGGCUGUACAGACUUCCUGUUCUUUUGGGGAUAGAUCGUCAAGCCUGCCCCGGUU